AAGCGGUCAAUCUAAUCCAAUCAGUGAAUGAAAAGACGAGGGGAAUUGUAAUAACCAUAAAAAACAAAACAAAAAAGAAACGCAGAAUUUGUUAAAUAUGUCGUCUUUUUCCCUUCCCACCACCCCUCCUCCUCCUUCCUCCGACCACCUUUGCUAUGUCCAUUGCAACAUUUGCGACACGGUUUUGGCGGUGAGUGUUCCUUGUGCUAGUUUGUUCAAAACGGUGAUCGUCCGUUGCGGCCACUGCGCCAAUCUUCUACCGGUCAACAUGCGUGGUGGCAUGCUUCUCCCUUCUCCCAAUCACUUUCAUCAUACUGCUUUCUUCUCUCCCAAUGCUCACAAUUUUCUGGAAGAGAUCUCAGAUCCAAAUCCAAAUUUUGUGAUGAACCAAACCGAUGGAAUUGAUUUGGUGAUGGCAACUCGUGUAGGAAACAAUGUUCCAAGACCACCCCCAAGCAUAAAUAAACCUGCAGAAAAGAAACAGAGAGUACCCUCUGCAUACAACCGAUUCAUCAAGGAGGAGAUCCAACGCAUCAAGGCUGCCAAUCCAGACAUCUCUCAUAGAGAAGCCUUCAGCGCUGCAGCUAAGAAUCAGUGGGCUCACUUCCCUCACAUACAUAAUUUUGGUGUUCCUCCUCCCAACAACAACACCAACAACACCAACAACACACCCUAGCUUGCUUCUUCUCCAGGUGUCCUCCUCUUUGUUUCUUCAUGCUUUUCAUGACUUGUGUAUGAAUUUGAUGUUUGUGGGGUUGGUGUAGGAGGAAGAAGAUUUUAUGUUGAAAGAUGCUCCAUUUUUGGGUUCCACCAACAUGGGAGUUUCCCCUUUCCCCUUCAGCUUUCAAUCUUGUUUUUUUUAAGACAGAAUCUCUCUCUCUCUCUCUCUCUCUCUCUCAUUCUCUCAACUUUCUAACCUCUUUUCUAUUAUCAAUUGUAUUGUAUUCAACUCUCUACCCUAUCACCUAAUUCUCCCAAGGAAACCAAACAUUACUUACUCUAUCAAUUCAUCAUCCUUUCUUUUA